AUGGAAAUUCUGACUCAAAAAAGAAAGAAGAGAAACAAGGAAUUUCUGCUUGGAGAUGACGAACUAGGGCUAAUCCUGAGCCGGGUGAGCGAUCCAGACGACAGAAAAUCAGCCUCUCAGGUCUGCAAGGGAUGGCGGCUAAUGGAGGGUCUGACCCGAUCAUCACUCCGAGUCCUUAACCUCGAUCAUCUCCCUCAACUACUUUCUAGGUACCCAAACUUGAACACAUUCGAAACACCCAAAGGAAUGAGCAACGCCGACCUCGCUUUGCUGGCCCAAUCAUGCCCCAAACUGGAGGCCAUCAAACUUGUGGCCAUAAAUAUUGAUGAGGAAAUUGGGACACAAGGCGGUCGCGCACUGCAAGGCCUUGAAUCAGGGAUCUCUGCUGAUCAAGUAAUUGAGCAAAUGCGGGUGCUUGUGCAAGUUGGGGACGAAGGUUUGUGCGCUUUGGCAAAUGGGUGUCCCAAAUUGUCCAAGAUUGUGGUUAUAGAGAGAAAGGUUGGGAUGGUUGGAUUUAUGGCCAUCACUUCAGCAGCACAUAACUUGACUUAUUUGGAUUUGGAAGAGUCUUUUGUUUCGGACCAAGCCCUUGAAGCAAUUGGGUCCUCUAGUUGUCCCGUUCGCGUUUUGAGGUUGAAACUAUGCGCCGUGUCUGAUGCCGGGUUGGGAUUUUUGGCAAAUGGGUCUUGCUCAAAAACCAUCAAGGAAUUGAACCUUAAUGCCAACAUGGAGAUCACUGAUGUCGGGGUCUCGCUUUUGUGCAAGAUGUGUGUCUUGGAGGAGCUGGAUUUGGGUGUCUGUAUGAAGAUAACUGAUGUUGGAGGACAGGCAAUCUCCGCAAUUCGGACCCUCAAGAAGUUGAACUUGGAAUGUGUGUUCUUACUGACAGAAAAAACCUUUGUAGCUCUUGCUGAGAAUUGCCUUUACUUGGAGGUGCUUCGUCUAGAUGGUGGUACAGAGAUGGCUGCUUUUGAUGCGUUUUUAGGUCACAAAUGCUUGCGAUCCCUUAGACUAAUUGGUUAUAUGCCUAAUGAUUUUAGAGGAUCUACUUUAGAAAGGCUAGCGCUUCGAUGUCCUUCAUUGGAGUCGAUUGUGGUGCCAGAAGAUUGGAGAGAGAGGCUGUUGCAUUUAAUGCAAGAGAGUACUGCUAGCAGAUUCCUGCAAUUCAUUGACUGCUGA